AUGCAUUUCUCACUGUGGAAGCAAAUUCACCACUGUGCUACUCUGAUCUUAGACAAGAGCAAGAGCAGGAGAAGAAGAGAUGGUGGUUCCGAUUCCUCUGUCAAUGUCAGGAAAAAAGCUUCAAUGCUUCGGAAAUUGUACGAAGACAAGCUAAGGGAAGCUCUAGAAGAAGCCUCUGAGAAUGGGUCACUCUUCAAAUCCCAAGACAUGGACCAAGAGAACCAAGACGGAGCCUUGGGCCGCUCCAGAUCCUUAGCUAGACUCCACGCGCAGCGCGAAUUCCUACGCGCCACCGCUUUAGCAGCCGAACGCAUAAUCGAAUCGGAAGACACCAUUCCUGAGCUCCGUGAAGCUCUCAGCAAGUUCCUAAGCAUGUACCCAAAGUACCAAGCUUCCGAGAAAAUCGACCAGUUAAGAUCUGACGAGUACAGCCACUUAUCAGGUUCAAAGGUAUGCCUUGAUUACUGUGGAUUUGGUCUCUUCUCUUAUGUUCAAACCCUCCACUAUUGGGAUUCCUGUACGUUUAGCCUCUCUGAGAUCACCGCGAAUUUGAGUAACCACGCGCUUUACGGCGGAGCUGAGAGUGGAACCGUGGAACAUGAUAUCAAAACUAGGAUCAUGGACUACUUGAACAUCCCUGAGAAUGAGUAUGGUCUUGUGUUCACGGUAAGCAGAGGCUCAGCUUUCAGGUUGCUAGCGGAAUCUUAUCCGUUCCAGACGAACAAGCGGCUUUUGACAAUGUUCGACCACGAGAGCCAGUCUGUGAACUGGAUGGCGCAGACCGCGAGGGAGAAAGGCGCAAAGGCUUACAACGCUUGGUUCAAGUGGCCGACUCUGAAGCUCUGUUCUACUGAUUUGAAGAAGCGGUUGUCUUACAAGAAGAGGAAGAAGAAAGAUUCAGCGGUCGGGUUGUUUGUGUUCCCUGCGCAGUCUCGUGUUACGGGUGCUAAGUACUCUUACCAGUGGAUGGCUUUAGCUCAGCAGAACCAUUGGCAUGUGUUGCUUGACGCUGGCUCUUUAGGUCCCAAAGAUAUGGAUUCUCUCGGCUUGUCCUUGUUCCGGCCUGAGUUCAUCAUAACUUCGUUCUACCGUGUGUUUGGUCAUGACCCGACCGGAUUUGGUUGCCUGUUGAUUAAGAAAUCAGUGAUGGGGAGUCUUCAGAGCCAGUCUGGUAAAACAGGAUCAGGAAUAGUGAAGAUCACGCCUCAGUAUCCGUUAUAUCUAAGCGAUUCAGUAGAUGGUCUCGAUGGUUUGGUUGGCUUUGAGGAUCAUGAUGACGAGAAGAUGAAAGAAGCUCAUCGUCCGGGAACUCAGAUGCCGGCUUUCUCGGGUGCAUACACUUCAGCACAAGUGAGAGAUGUGUUUGAAACAGACCUCCUUGAAGAUAACAUUUCUUCUGAUAGAGAUGGAACUACUAGCACCACCAUUUUCGAAGAAACCGAGAGUGUCUCUGUUGGAGAACUGAUGAAAAGCCCUGUUUUUAGCGAAGACGAGUCGUCUGACAAUUCGUUUUGGAUCGAUUUGGGGCAAAGCCCUCUUGGCUCUGAGCAGCAUAACAAGAUUGCGUCUCCGCUGCCGCCGAUUUGGUUUACAAACAAGAGAAACCAGAAACAACGACACUCGCCUAAACCAAUACCGAAGAGUUACAGUAGUCCGAUGUAUGAUGGUAACAAAGACGUCCUCUCGUUCGAUGCUGCUGUUAUGUCGGUUACAGAACACGGGACAAACACGACUCCAUUGCGGAACAGGAGGAGUUCUGGUAGUAAUCUCCAUGCUCAUGAGAUAGAGGAGGAAAACUGCGGUCGUAGCUUGGCAAAUGGCUCGUUGUUGACUUCCAACAUUUCAUCAGAAAUCAAAGAGAGCGCUGCGAUUAGACGAGAGACGGAAAGAGAUUUCAGGUUAUUGGGAGGGAGAGAUGGUGGUAGAAGCAGGCUAUUAGGAGUGGAAGAUGAACAUCCGAGCAAAGGAAGACGGGUUUCGUUUAACAUGGAACGUGUUAGUCAUAGCAUUGUAGAGCCCGGUGAAGCUUCUCUAGCUAGCUUUUAUGAUGAAGAGUACCAUAACAACACGAGUGAUGUUGAGAAUGGAGAUGAUGAAGGUGCGGAUGAUGAGUGGGAUAGGAGAGAGAACGAAACCGAGAUCGUUUGCAGGCAUAUCGAUCAUGUGAAUAUGUUAGGUCUUAACAGAACCACGACGAGACUCAGGUUUCUGAUUAACUGGCUUGUGAUAUCGUUACUGCAACUACAAGUGCCUGAAUCAGGAGGAAGAAACAUGAAUCUUGUGCAGAUAUAUGGACCGAAGAUCAAAUACGAAAGAGGAGCAGCGGUUGCAUUCAAUGUUAGAGAUAAAAGCAAAGGCUUUGUUAGUCCGGAAACUGUUCAGAGACUCGGUGAAAGAGAAGGUAUAUCUCUAGGCAUUGGUAUACUGAGUCACAUACGCAUUGUGGAUGAUAAACCGAGAAACCAUAGAGCUCGGAGUAAAGAAGAUAAUGCAUUGCACUUGCAUAAUGAGGUCGGGAAAAACGGGUUUAUAAGAUUUGAGGUUGUUACAGCUUCUCUUAGCUUCUUGACAAACUUUGAGGAUGUUUACAAGCUUUGGGCUUUUGUUGCCAAGUUCCUAAACCCUGGUUUCAGCAGAGAAGGUUCACUUCCUACUGUUGAAGAAGAAGAAGCAGAGGACUCAGAGACGUGA